CCCAGAGCUGGUUGGGCUGAGUUCAUGUUGACUGCUCAGAGUCCAUGAACUAAGCUCGCCCGGAACUGAGCAUCCAGCACUCCCCUGCCUCAGCUCAUCCGUAUCUUUUCUGUCCAAGGAACUGCAGGAAAACUCACUAUGGCUUACCAUAGCUUUCUGAUUGAACCCAUCAGCUGUCAUGCCUGGAACAAGGACAGAACCCAGAUUGCCAUCUGUCCAAAUAACCAUGAGGUCCACAUUUAUAAGAAGGAUGGAACCAAAUGGACUAAGGUGCACGAACUUAAGGAGCACAACGGACAAGUGACAGGCAUCGAUUGGGCUCCUGAAAGCAACCGCAUCGUCACGUGCGGCACAGAUCGCAAUGCUUAUGUGUGGACCCUGAAAGGGAACGUCUGGAAGCCCACCCUGGUCAUCCUGAGGAUCAACCGGGCCGCCCGCUGCGUCAGGUGGUCCCCCAAGGAGAAUAAGUUUGCGGUGGGCAGCGGCUCCCGCGUCAUCUCCAUCUGCUACUUUGAACAGGAGAAUGACUGGUGGGUCUGCAAGCACAUCAAGAAGCCAAUCCGAUCCACUGUCCUCAGCCUGGAUUGGCACCCCAACAAUGUGCUGCUGGCUGCUGGCUCCUGUGAUUUCAAAUGCCGAAUCUUCUCAGCCUAUAUCAAGGAGGUGGAGGAGAGGCCCUCGCCCACCCCGUGGGGCUCCAAAAUGCCCUUUGGCGAACUGAUGUUUGAGUCUAGCAGCAGCUGCGGCUGGGUCCACAGUGUCUGCUUUUCGGACAGCGGCAACCGCAUGGCCUGGGUGAGCCACGACAGCACCGUGUGCUUGGCUGACGCCAGCAAGAAGAUGGCUGUGGCUUCCCUAGCCUCAGAGACCUUGCCCCUCCUGGCACUCACUUUCAUCACUGAAAACAGCCUUGUGGCAGCGGGACACGAUUGCUUCCCCAUGCUUUUUACCUAUGAUGGGGGAUCUGGGGUGCUCAGCUAUGGAGGGCGGCUCGAUGUGCCCAAGCAGAAUUCGCAGCGUGGUAUGACUGCCCGGGAACGCUUCCAGAGCCUGGAUAAGCGGGCCAGUUCCGAUACCUCUGCCGGCCUGGACACACUGCACAAGAACAGUGUCAGUCAGAUAUCUGUACUUACCGGGGGGAAAGCCAAGUGCUCCCAGUUCUGCACCACCGGGAUGGAUGGAGGGAUGAGCAUCUGGGAUGUGAAGAGCUUGGAGUCAGCCCUGAAAGAUCUCAAGAUCAAAUGAGCCAGAACCUGCCAGGAAGGUGGUUGCCACCUCAAGGAUGCUAGCUUUGCUUCCCUCUUUCCUUUUGCAAACCUACUUCUUUGCAGCCCAGACUGGCUGGGCAAUCCCAUCCUUAUCUUUUCAGAGAUCUUAGGGGAGAGCCAGGGGUACCUUUUUCUUAAAUGUCAAGGGAAAAUACUCUGGACACAGAUGCUUUCUUUUAUAUGUAUAUUUAAAAGAGAAAUAUGCUGGUCAUAAGCUGCUUCAAGACAUUGAGAGAAUAAAAAUGGAAAGCAAA